ACGAUUCUCUCGUUACUGGCUUUACAAUUUCUGUGAUAAUCUGGAUGUGCAAUUGUAGAAGUGCUUGAAUGAUUGAAAGAGUUUUGCUAUCCGUUGUGUUACGUUUUGUGUAUUUGAUGAAAUUAGUGCAACCGGAACUAUAGCUUAAACAAAACAGGUGAACAACCUCAUUCCGUCCGAUCAGUCAUUGUCCUCUGCCGCACACACCAUGGUUCGCACUAAAAUUUCGCGUAAAACCGCGUCCAAGCGCAAUCGGAGCAGUCAGCAGGAGGAACGUUUCGCGAACGCAAUGAGGGAGCUCGAUAUUAUGUAUGAAUCGUUUAUGAUAUCGAUAGAGGCGAAGGAGGCUGCGGAUCUGGAGAAACUAAACUGCAACGUCGGCAUGAUACGGAGCCGCAUCCCGAAGGAGGUGCUCCAGAUGACAAUGGGCGAGCUGCGUCGUUCCGGCUGCAAUCAAUUUGUAGAUGUGCUCAAAAUGGGUCAGGCCGAGAUGGAUGAGCUAGUCCAAAACCAUACCGCCAUUUCCAACGAGUCGAUAGACGAUGAUCAGCUGCAGGUACCGGUGCUGCGCCAAUCAUCUAAAUCGGACGAUGGAUACCAGACGGAAGAUAACGGCCAGCGUGGAUCCGCCGAUUUGUUGGCUUCAGCAAAAGCAUCCCAAAGCCGUCCGAUGGGCCCAUUAAGCUCGGCGAUGAAGGCGACCAACGCACGGCGUCGCAGUAACUCUGUGUCCGGCCAUACAAUUCGGACACCCUUCAAGGGACAGUCGCACGUGCAGUCGGCUCUGCUGUUUGGGACAAAAUCCAAACACCACUACGCCACUACGCCAGCGGCCACCAGCAGGGGCUUCAUGUUUGAACCGUCGGAGCGAUGCUCACGACCAAAGAUGCGCACACCGAUGCCGGAGCCGAGCCGCAAACGACCGCAAACGGUGAGCACUGACCGGGGUAUCAGCCAGAUUACGCUCAAGGUGGAUCCGAACACGCCGCUUACCUUCAUGCGCCACCCGAGGGCAGGUGAGAGUGUGUUCUCGCUCACCGGCAGCCCUGUGGUCAGCGCGGCCACUUUCAGGAACACGAAGCACUUUAACAUUCCCGUCCCGAACGGGAUGCUGUCGCUUCAGCCGGGCGAGCUUCUGGAUGACGUUGAUCCGGAGGUACUGCCGCGGUUCGACUCUGACACGCUAGACUACCUCAAGGGCUUGCAGAUGAGUUUGAACAAGAUCAUGCGGUACGCCGAGGACUGUAAUUUUCAUAUGAAGUAGUGAGGCCGCUGUUUUUAUUUUGCAAUCUACGGGAAGAUGCUUUUUAUCGCUUUUUAAUUGUGUACUUUUUGUGAUAUUCUUUACCAAUGGCAUCAUUUCUGUGUUUUUACAAUGUUAU